AUGUAUAAGAACGUUAAUCUUGUUGUAAGUUCAAGAGUUUUCAUGUAUCACAGUUGCUUUAUCUGUGGUGUGUUCUUAGCUCAUGAAAAUGGACAUUUUCAUGAAUGGUGUAAAAAUAUUCGUGCUCUCUGUUUCUUUGAGGGUCGACUAGUCCUCAGUGGCCAAGGUCAUAGAGUUCGUGGCGAAACCCCUUUCUCAGUCCCUGUUCUUGGAGUCACUCGACUCUUUACUGGACCAAGGUUAGAUAAAAAAGAUGGCACUUGCUACCCAUUUCACGCCGCUUGUUGGGCAAUAAUCGAAGAGAUAGCUCCAAGAAACUUUCUUGUCGACAACGGCAUCGAAACCCUGUUCAAGAUAUUUGAAGGCUGCCAUUACAAUACCCAUACUGGCAUCUUAAGCUGGGGGCACAACUAUUAUUUCGAGGAUAUCUUGGGGGCUUUAGACAAACAAGAACGAAGUCUAAUCCAACACCCAAUAGCUGACUACCCGCGUGUGAAUCAAGGGAGGUCGCGUGCUAUCCCUAUUCCUCAACCAGAUCCAUACCAGAAAAUCAAUAUCGUUAGGCUACGCUUCCGUUUAGCUAGCUGUUACACUUCGUGGUUCUCACAGGAUCCGACAUCUCUCAGCUUUGAACAUCUUAUAUCCACCCCCUCCGUCUUGGAUAAACGGCCAGAAGAUGAACACCAAGCGCAUUAUCAGUCAAACUUGGUUCCAAAUCAUGCAGACAACUCGACUACCCUAGCAGAAAGUCCACCUCUUGACUUGCAAAAAGACGUCCCAUUCCCUCCUAGUUCUAGACUUUCAUCGUUACCGAAUGAAAUAAUCCAUUCUAUUAUGUACGAACUCUCAUAUAGCGAUACCUUAAAUUUGCUACAAGCUUAUAAACGAGAUAUUCAUUCUUUGCCAUCAAUAUUUUGGGAGGCUAGAUUUCGAGUCCAGAGCGAAUUCGGCUUCGCACGAGUGCUGUGUUUGCCUAAUUAUACUUGGAAAGAAUGGUUUUUCGAAGUCAAAUCUGAGAUGAGCUCUGAUCAUGGGAUGGGGCUCGUAAACCGCAAGCGAAUUUGGAAACUAGGGACUGAGAUGGUCAGCCUGAUGCAAGCCAUUCAAGAGCCUGGACGAUUCUUGCAUGGUGACAUUGUCACAAAUGGCCCAAGUCAACGGCACUACUCUAGUGUGAGUUGUUUGGCGUUGAAAAAGGACAUGAAGGGAUGUAAAGAAGUCACACAGAGGUCUGUAAAUUGGGGAGGGACGCACGUAAUAUCACAACUUUGUACUGUGACACCAUCGUAUGUGGAUAUUCUGGAGCGGCGACUGGUCUCGGGCCUCACAUUUGAAUUUCGCGAUGGCCAGUCUAAGAACAUAGGCUACAUUGUGGGGCAACGUAAUCACUUGGUAGCUUCAACUUCACCUAAGAUUCUAUGGUUGGUUGCUAGUUCGCUGGGCGUUGAGAAAAUUACAAUCAACACCUAUCCGCAUUCGUUUCUCGAUAGCGUAGAUGAGCUUGCAGUGAGCAAGUGGAGCCUAGAAAAUCUUAUGGGUAUUUCUGUUGGUCUUGAUGCUCUUCGAAUUGUUAGAAUUUGGCCAAACUUUAAAAAACAAGAAACUGGUCUCGAUAGCGUUCUCUGGACACAUCCAUACCCGUCAACCAUACCUUCGAUGCUGGACGAUGACAUUAUCGCUCUGCACGAUUUACAAAACAAUUCGUUUGCCCCAGCAUCAGCCCUAUAUAUCAAACCAGAGAAUGGCAAUCUUGUCGCAAUUAAAGUAUAUUCUCCGCUAGGGUUCUGCGCUGGUAUCAGGGGUAUCGAAUUUACCUAUAAUACAGGUAUACGAAGCACGUGGGGCUCUGACUAUGAUACUGCUUCACUGUCGUUUUUCCUUCAUGACUCUGAACAUCUUGUCAAAAUUAAGGUCUAUAAGAUCAACUCUGUAGUCUACCAUUUGCAAUUCAUCACCGAUCUAAAUCGGACAAGCGAAUUCAUGCCACCAGCACCAAUGAAGUCAGGAGUUUCUUUCGAUGGUGUUGAAUAUAGUGCUUUGGACAACGGACAUAUAGUUGGUCUUUGUGGUUGUUUUAUAAAAUCCGAGCAGCAGUUAAACUGUCUUGGGAUUAUAUCAUCCACAACUGUGGCGUCUUCGAAAUCAAUUUGGGUCUCCUCAGCGGAUCAAAAUGGCUCUGGAGACUUAUCUCGAGAAGAGACUCUCGGAGGUGGCGAGAACCAUGGCGAGUUUGGACGUCGAUUGCUACUAGACAAGAGGCUUCAAUCAAUUCAAGUUUCCAAGACCACAGUUUCGACAAGAUACUGUCACCCCAACCAAGUCACCGGUCUUCUUUUUCGUUCAGUGGAUGACAGCUAUCCUGAGCUACUCGGACAAUUGACUGAAAUGGGCGAAACAUAUUAUUUUGAAGUGAAUGAGUGGAUCAUCGACUUGGAAAUUAUUACAAUUAAACCAUUUGUGUUCGCCGGGUGGAAUCAUGGGCUAUCACAAGUCAAAAGGAUAAUCAUCGUUACGAAUCAAAGGAGGUUCGAGUUGGGACCCGAGAUUGUACAAACUGCUCAUGAUAUCUCGAAUACACAAUUGCACAAGCGAAGAGUAUCAGAGAUCACUUGGGAAUUUAACGCCAUGUACGAUCGCGUACGAUGGACUUAUCAAGAAGAUUAA